AUGGACGGCACAUUUGCCUUGGGCUCCAAUGGCUCCGGUCAACUAGGCAUUGGCCACAAGGACGACGUCUGCGUACCGAAACAAUCUCAAUUCUACCCCAGCCCUCCAUCCUCUCCCGUCGUAAAGAUUGCUGCCGGAGGAAAUCACGCCCUUCUUCUCACGCAGGCCGGUGAGCUGUAUUGGAGCGGUGACUCGACGAGCGGGGCCUGUGGUGCCACAACGUCUCAAGUCUCAGCCUCGGUCUUUCAACAGGUUCGCCUCACCAAUGACGCUCAGGAACAAGCCGUCGGCCACAUCGAACUCGUCGCCGUUACGUGGGAGGCGUCAUUUAUCGUGGCAAGAGAUGGCCAAGGCAAGAGGACAAAUCUCUUCUCCUUCGGUGCCGGCAACAAGGGCGAGCUGGGCGUCGGGGAACUAUUGGUGCGAACGCCAACGGCCACCCUUUUCAAAGGGUUUCCCCCCGCCCACACCGAGAUUGUCGAUCUAGACGCCUGCAUGGGACACGUCGUUGUCGUCUUGAGCAACGGAGAUGCCUACGGCUGGGGCAAUGGCCGCAAGGGGCAAAUAGGCCUUCCGGGCGCCGUAGUUCAUUCACCGCGCAAGAUCGACAACGUAGGCUUCAGCGUGUCGCGAGCAGUAUGCGCCAAAGAAUCGACAUGCUUGUUUGGAGAAGCCGGGAGCGGAGAGAUGCGGAUAGUAGGAUCGGAUAAGUGGGGUUUAUGCUCCAAAGCACCUGCUGAGGCGCCAGCGUGGAUAGAUGUUGCUGCCAGCUGGGGCGACUUCUACAUAUUGCGGCAAGAUGGCUCAUUGUUGGGCUGGGGCCGAGAUGAUCACGGCCAACUCCCUCCUCCAAAUCUUCCUCGUAUCGUCAAGAUUGCCGCUGGCAGCGAACACGUCGUCGCCCUCUCGGAAGACGGCGACGUGCUGGCAUGGGGAUGGAGCGAGCACGGAAACUGCGGGCCGCAACUUGAUACCAACAAUGUCAAAGGCCGGCCGAGGGCGAUCGCCUCAUCCAAAUACAUCCCACCCAGUUGUCGCAUAGAUGGCAUCGGUGCUGGAUGGGCCACCAGUUGGAUCUGCAUCCAGAGUGCGGGCUCUUCGGAAACUGAGGAUCGACCCGGUUGUGAUUCCGCCACAUCUCGAGUCUAA